AUGCCACCGCCGCCGUGCCCACCAACGCACGCCCGAGACAAGACGCCACAGCUCCUCGGCCUCGCCUGCAGCGCCCUGAUGGAGCCGUUCACCCGUGCAUGCCUGCUUCGCCUGCAGCGCCCGCCUGCAAGUGCACCCGCCAAGUCACCUCCCAUGUCCGCCAAUGGCGCCCGCCGUGGCCGGUCCACCCCGCAGCAGUGUACUAGCGCCCCAUCCUCCAAACCACCCUCCUCCAGUCUCCUGCCUCCUUUCCAAGCCCCCGUGCCCUCCAACAGAAAGUUCUUGCCCCAAACCGGCAGCUCGAGAGGUUCCCGUUCCCAGACGAAAUCUGGCCAGCUCCCUCCGCCUCUGUCUAAUAGCCCACGCCUGAGGCUCCUCCACUUCCUCAGCCACACCCUCGGACACUCCUCGUCGCCUGCCAUCCACCCCAUCGCCCGGAAUCCCACUUUCCCCAACUCCAGGAACUCCACCCGCCACCCCCACUGCCUCACCGCGGAACACCAUCUUCCAGUCAUCCUCGUCGUCAACCAACCACUCAAACGGAACCGCGAAGUUAACAUCGCCGACGGUACAUACGAGCUGCACCCGACGCCCGAAGAGGAAGCUGUAGCGGAUCUACACCACGCCGAAGUCGAGCCCGUGCUAGAGCAAGCCGAGGACCAGUUCGCUAACUCCGAGUGUACACUAACCACGUUCGCGUAG